CUGUAAAUACUUCUCAGGGUGAAACAGCACAUCUCCAAUCUGCUGUUGAGUCACAGGACCCACAAACUCUUCAUGUAAGCAUCGUUAAGUUAUGGUUUACAUGAACGGCACUGAUACAGCCAAAGGCCCGCUGCAGCCACCCACAGUUCAUUUCAGGGCUGAGAACGCCCUCAAAAAUCUGUUUCCUAUUUUAUGGAAAAACCUCUGAAAUUUGGCAUGGAUUUUGAAAGCACAUAAAGAAAACUGUCUGGGGCUUGGCCUCCGUUUGAGAAAGCUGACGCUGCUUUUGCAAACUGCUCUUGGAGAUCCAGUGACCGGCAUCCAGAAGACGGAAGGAGAACUAAAGAAUCUUCCUUAAGAGAACAAGUGGGAGAAUGAAGAUCCAGCUGAAAAUCUUAGUUGGAGUGAUCUCAUGUCUUUUCCUGUCUUUGUUCAUUAUGUGUGCUGUAUUAAUUCCUCCGAAAGGACCUGCCCAAGACAUUUUGGCAACUGAGGCGAACGACAAAAUGCCCCCUGCCCAACAGGGAACAAGGGUUCGAAACAAAGGAAGCAACCCUAGACCUUUAACAUUAAAAGAAUAUCUGGAUGGAGACUUCGGUUACAAAACAAUUUCUCCUUACUGGAUUUCGGGAAAUGAAUAUCUUCAUCAGUUCCCAGAAGAUGAUAUAAUUCUUUACAAUGUUGAAUAUCAGCAGUCACACACACUCCUGUCUAACAGCGUACUUAAAAAAGUGAAUGCCACAAACUAUAUACUGUCAGCCGACCAGAAUUUCAUGCUGUUGGAAAGCAACUACUCUAAGCUCUGGAGGUACUCUUAUACAGCAUCCUAUCACAUUUAUGAUCUUGGAAACGGUGCUUUUGUCAAAGGACACGAGCUUCCGCAUGGCAUUCAGUAUAUAGCCUGGUCACCUGUUGGACACAAAUUGGUUUAUGUGUAUCAGAAUAAUAUCUAUUUGAAACAAGGCCCCAGAGAACCUGCUGUUCAAAUAACUACAAAUGGUUACUGGAAUGAAAUAUUUAAUGGAAUCCCUGACUGGGUCUACGAAGAGGAAAUGCUUGCUGUAAAAUAUGCACUGUGGUGGUCUCCAAAUGCAAAGAAUGUGGCAUACCUGCAGUUUAAUGAUACUGGAAUACCAGUUAUUGAAUAUUCAUAUUAUGGUGAAGAUCAGUAUCCUAGAAAAAUAAAGAUACCAUAUCCAAAGGCUGGAGCUAAAAAUCCUACCGUCAGAGUGUUUGUUGUUGAUGCUACUCAUCCUGAAGCUUUAGGUCCUAAAGAAGUACCUGCUCCAGCAGUGAUAGCAUCAAGCGAUCACUAUGUCACUUGGAUUACUUGGGUGAGAGACAACCGAAUCUGUGUGCAGUGGCUGAAAAGGAUCCAGAACUUUUCUGUGUCGGCCAUCUGCGACUACAACGACCGCUCCAUGUCCUGGGACUGCCCACAGAAGCAGCAACAUAUAGAAGAAAGUCACACAGGAUGGGCUGGUGGAUUCUUUGUUUCAGCACCUUCUUUCACUUCGGAUGGCAUUUCUUACUACAAAAUAUUUAGUGACAAGGAUGGUUACAAACAUAUUCAUUAUGUCAAAGACUCGGUGGAAAAAGCUGUCCCAAUCACUAGUGGAAAGUGGGAGGCCAUAUACAUUUACAGAGUCACAGAUGACACCAUAUUCUAUUCAAGCAACGAAUUUGAAGGCUAUCCAGGAAGAAGAAAUAUUUACAAAAUUAACAGAAGAAAUCCCGGGACAAGACAGUGCAUUACUUGUUAUUUAAGAAAGGAAAGAUGCCAGUACUAUGCAGCAAGUUUCAGUUACAACGCCAACUAUUAUGCUUUGCUCUGUUACGGUCCAGGCAUUCCCAUUUCUACUAUUUACGAGAGCAGAUACGACAGAGAAAUUCGAGUUUUGGAAGCCAACAGGGAUUUGGAAUCUUCUCUGCAAAAGAUCAGCAUGCCUACCACAGAUUUUGACAAACUUGAAGUGGAUGGUAUAACCAUGUGGUACAAAAUGGUGCUCCCUCCACGGUUUGAUAAAUCCAAGAAGUAUCCCCUUCUCAUACAGGUGUACGGAGGACCUUGCAGUCAAAGCGUGAAACACACGUUUGGGGUCAGCUGGACGACCUACCUUGCGAGCAAAGAAGAGAUUGUGGUGGCUUUCGUGGAUGGAAGGGGGACAGCCUUCCAAGGCGAUGAAAUGUUAUACGCGGUAUAUCGGAAACUUGGGGUUUAUGAAGUUGAUGAUCAGAUCUCAGCUGUAAGAAAGUUUAUAGACAUGGGAUUCAUUGACGAAAAAAGGAUAGCCAUAUGGGGAUGGUCUUACGGUGGUUACGUUGCCUCGCUGGCGCUUGGGUCUGGCACUGGAGUGUUUAAGUGCGGGAUGGCAGUGGCUCCUGUCUCCAGCUGGGAGUAUUAUGCAUCCAUCUACACGGAGCGCUUUAUGGGUCUCCCAACCAAAGAAGACAAUCUGGAGCACUACAGAAAUUCGACAGUGAUGGCAAAAGCAGAGAACUUCCGUGAUGUGGAGUACCUUCUCAUCCAUGGAACAGCAGAUGAUAAUGUACAUUUUCAGAACUCAGCACAGAUCUCCAAAGCCUUAGUCAAUGCACAAGUGGAUUUCCAGGCAAUGUGGUAUGCUGACCAGGACCAUGGGAUUCCAGGCCUUUCUCUUAAGCACCUCUACACCCACAUGACCCAUUUCCUCAAGCAGUGUUUUUCCCUGGCUUAAGGAGAGUCCCCUGCCCCUCCUCUCCAUGGGCCUGCACAGAAAGGAGAACGACGCGUGCUUUGCUAGAAAGCAACAUGAGCUGCACAGAUUAAGCAUAUUCCGGAAACAGGAUAAGAAAGCGAGAAUUAAAGAAGGCUUUGGCAUGGACAGUCUCUUGUUGACACAUGUGCAUUAGCAAAUAAUAUUACAGUUUGCAUCCAGGUACACUUAUUUGUUGGGAAACAAAUGAACAAUAAAAUAAAAACAAAAACAAGUGUUUUGAAGGCU